AACAGGGCACGAACGCCAUCAGUUACUGCGCCAAACACGUCACCGCUCGCCUCCGCACGAUACCUCCUCGCGAAUCGCGAGGCUCUCUCUCUCUCUCACUUUCCACGAAGGCCUCUGCCUGCUGCCAUGUUUCUUGUCCCCGUCGCCGCUCGGCACUCGGCACGGCAGCUCCUGAAACUCUAAUCCCCCACCAUGUCACCGCCCGGCGACGGCGCCUGCCCCGCCGCCGUCGGCCGAUGCACUUGCUUCUCUGGCGAUAAUGAAGUCUCCAAUGGCGACGCUCGUGCCGGCUCCGACGAUCUGGUUUGCGCGCAUUGCGCGCGAUCGGGCGUUUUUUUGUCUUCGUCGUCCUUCUCUAGCUGCUUUGAUUUGGCGCCGUACGGGGAUUGGGAGAAGUUCCGGAGGAUAGUCACUGCGUCCGUGAAGGGGUUCGCCAUUGGAACUGGUCUCAAAGGCGGUCUUGCUCUUUUCUCAGUUCUCACUCGGCUGCGACGUCGACGCUUAUAUUCCUCUGCGGCCAGGAAGGCAGGUAUGGUUACGAACAGCGAAGCUGUUGUUAUGGCCGUUAAGGAGACACUAAGAUACGGUGUGUUUCUUGGCACUUUUUCUGGCACAUUCGUUUCCGUUGACGAAACUAUAGCUGCUUUGGGAGGACAUCGCAGGACUGCAAGAUGGAGGUCUCUCUUGGCUGGGGCAAUAGCAGGGCCUUCAAUGCUUCUUACUGGGACAAAUACGCAACAUACUAGCUUGGCCAUUUACAUACUUAUGCGUGCUGCUGUUCUAGCGUCGCGUUGUGGGAUAAAAAGCAGACGGUUUGGGCGCAUUUGUAAACCUCUAACUUGGGCGCACGGUGACAUUUUCCUCAUGUGUCUCUCCUCCUCGCAAAUUCUGUCUGCUUACAUACUGAAGCAAGAGAGUUUGCCUCCAUCUUACAAGUCUUUUCUCAACAAACAUGGGGGAAAGGAUAUUUCUAUAUUGGAAGGUGUGAAAUCAAUUGCAAGUGGCAUGCCUUUUACCAACUUGGACACAAUAGAGAACUAUUACAAGGGCACCGGUGUUAACAUUAAAUUAGAUCCAAAAAUGAAAGUCCCAUGCUCGAUUGUACAUGGAAAUCAAUCAUGCAGUGCACAUGCUGUUUCAUUUUUUAUUGAAGCAUAUAAAAGAUCUAUACCAGUUUAUCUUCCAGUGUAUUUGUUUCCUGCUCUAAUAGUUCAUCGUCAAGGCCUCUUGAAAAUGGUGUCGGUGGAUCGACUCUCGUUCCAGUUGCUUGGCAUUGAGAUCAACUCAUCAGAGGUUGCCCUCCACUACUACCAACCCUCAGAACUGCCUCUUUGUUGGCUAUGUGCAAACCUACGAGAUUGGUCUCUUUCCCAUUUCGUUUGUUUGAAACAUAGAAUGCUCAAUGGCCUAACACAAUUUUGGGGAAGAGUCUUGUUGGUAUUGCAAGAUCAAGCUUAUUUUUAUCCUUAUAUACAUCGUCUGCCUGGAUGUGGACGUGUUUGCUCUUCAGGAUUUUUAGGAGAUGUAACAUUCCAAUGGUGGCAAUGGGGACGUUCCCAACUGGGCUGGCCCUGGCUAUUGAGAAGAAAAGCAGACGGAUUGAGAUAUCGCUGUACUGCCUUGCUCGGGCUAUUGAGAGCUUCUUCACUUGCCUGGCAGAUGCUGGAUACUUGCCCCCGUCAAAAAACUUGAAGAGAGCUGAUGUGGUGGUUUUCAGCUUAUCAACGGCAAUCAUCAUGCAUUGCUAUUCACAGGAAAGGGAAGUGUUUCGAUCCAAGUACUUGAACGUCCUUGAUUGGGUAUUUGGUGUGCCUCCACCCCCAGGUGAAACCCCACGGCGCAAAAAUAGUUAGAACAUAUUUUUUAUGGGGAUUUGGUGGUUUAAAUCCUUCACUUGCUGCUGGCUGAUCAGGGAGGGAACUUGUUGUGUGCGCCAUAGCUGUGGCAUCAUUUCCGCACAUGUUGAUGGAGGAUUCAUUUUAUAUUCUACAGGGUAGCAUUUGAUUUUAAAGUGGUGAAAAUAGUAAGGAAUGCUGCCAAAGGGUCUAAAGCCUUAAUUUACGUUGUAGAAUGUGGCUUCGCUCCUGCAUGUAGAAUUAUGGUGUAGCCUUGAGCUGUGAAAGGAAUUGAAUGUGAGACUGCAUGCAAAUUGUGGAAAAA